AUGCUGGCGACGCGUCGACGAGGGACGAGCGCGGACGCGGAGGACGAUUUGCGAGCGAAGCUGAGCGCGGAUAAAGCGCUGGUGCUCGUGAAUGAUUGGGAGAGGGUGGUGGACGCGGGGGAGGCGCGAGCGCGGGAGCGGGAGAAGCGCUUCGCCGAGGCGCGCAGAGCGAUGAUGAGCAAAACGCGAUUAAAGAGGGAAGGAUUGUACGGAUUGAGGCCGGAACAGUGUACGUGGAGCGCGUUUUCGAAAUUGCGCGGGCUGUGGGAAAAGUACGCGCGGGCGCUGGUGAAGGACGCGAAGCGCGGCGAGGCUGAGGCGCGACUGACGCGCGGGCUCGACUUACACGGUUGCGUGCUCAAAGUCGUGCGUCACGCGCGCGCGCCCGAUCUCGUCGGUCGCGAAGGUGUCGUUGCUUUUAUCUCGUCGCGAUGUCUCUGGCUCGUCGCGCGCAAGCGCGAGAAACCGAUCAAAGUGCUCAUCGACGGCGGCACGUUUGAGUUUGUUUUGGACGAGCGCGUCGUGCGUCUUUCGAGCGAGGACGUGUUGGCGUCCGCGCCGCGUCCGUCGUAG